AUGAUGAAUAUGGCCGGCAUGAAUCCUCCAGCGGUGGCUGGAGGUCCCGUCGGCGGCGGAAUGAUGAUGAACAACGGAAGCCCAGCGAUGCAGGUCAACACCAGCCAACCACCCGACCAGGUCAAAGCCCAACUGAACACUUACAUCUACGAAUACUUCCUGAAGUUGGGGCUCUACGACCAUGCGAGACGGCUGGUCGGCGAAGACAAGUUUGAGAUGCGUACCAAGCCUGCCGUCAAGCAAAGUCCUGGCCGCCGUAAGGAUGGAGAAGUGAACGGAGUGGAUGCAGAUGCCAUGGACACCGACGUUAAAGAUGAUAUACCAGACGACUUGCCUCGCCCCAUGCACGCCGCGGAAAACACGCCCGGUAUAGGUUUUCUCUUUGAAUGGUUCAGCAUUUUCUCAGACCUUUUUACUGCUCACCAACGAUCAAGUAAGAUGCAGGGUGGCCAAGGCGCAAACAUGGGCGCGGCUGCGCAGUACUUGAUGCAGCAUCAGAGUAUGCAACGCAUGCGAGAAAAUCAGCAGAGUCAGAAUCUUGCCCGACCAGGCAUGGUUAACCCUAACCAGUUUGCCAUGCGUGCCAAUAACAUGCGCAACAACAUCAUGAAUGGCACUGUUCCGAGGGAGAUGGCUAACAAAAUCACCCCUCAGCAAUUGCAGCAAAUGAGUAAAGUUGCCAUGAUGCAACAGCAGCAACAGAUGCAACGCGAGCAGGGCGAUGUUGACAUGAAUGGCCGCCCCUCGUCUCCAGCCGAAGGUGACAACGGUGGGUCUCCGUCCAAGAGGCCACGACUUGAAGGUCAACAGUUCAACGGUGGCAUGAUGCCUAAUGUUAGGCCAGGAAUGCCCAACGUGGCGCCUCAGAAUAUGAUGAUCCAGAAUGCCUUCAAUCCUAACAUGAACAACGGCCAAUUCCGGCAAAAUGGCGGCAUGCCACAGAAGCCCAUGCAGGCCGGCAUGGCAAAUGGUAUGAUGCAGAUGGGCGGCGCUGGCUCCCCCAUGAUGCAAGGCAUGAAUCCUGCUCCCUUUGCCGGGGACAUGCCGUUGGAAUUGUAUAAUCAAAGAAUGAGCCAAGGGCAAAUGCAAGGGACACCAGGUGGCGGGCAGAGCGGGAACCAUGCUCUCCAAGACUAUCAAAUGCAACUGAUGUUGCUUGAACAGCAAAACAAAAAGAGGUUGAUGAUGGCGAGACAAGAGCAGGACAAUGCCGUUAAUCGCGAUGGCGCUCCCAUGGUUGGCAUGCAGGGCGGUAUGUCACCGUCGGGAAGCCGAACAGGUACCUCUCCAAACCCUGCCGAUCAAAUGAAGCGAGGCACUCCACAACUCGGAGGCUUGCCCGGGUCACCUUCAGCUGCAGAUAUGGCAGGUAGGUCACCAGCCGGCAUGAACUUCAUGAAUGGCAUGCCCGGUGACUUCAACCCAGCCAUGUACUUGAAAGAUAAUCAAGGAAUGGUCGGACCUGGUGGCCCUAACAUGAGACCACCAACCUCCAUGGACAUGCAGCAAGCCAUAGCGCGUCAACAACAACAGGCCCGGAUGUCAGGACAAUUUCAGGGUGGUCAGCCUAUGGUCCAGCAGCCUUCUCAAGGUCAGCCGGCGCCUAUGGGCACUCCUGGGCAAAGGAACGAGAUGCCGCCUCCUCAAGCUCCAGCUGCGGGCAGUGCUCAGCGCAAUCAGCCAGGAUCUCCUCAAAGCACCAAUGCACCACCUACACCGUCCACGACCAACAAGCCGAACCCCAAAUCUAAGAAAGCCAAGGAGGAUAGCAACAAGAAGAAACCCGCAAAGAAGAACUCGACGGCGAAUGCAGCAAGCUCAGAGAACGAGCCGCCUGCCACUCCGACACCUUCGACACCAAUAACGCCAGUGCAUCCCCAAGGAUUCGGCGGUCCAGCUGGCAAAUCUGGUGCUGGUGGCAUGGGUAACGCCACUCAAGCCCCGGCAGCAGCUCAGCCUAUGCCUCCUGCUCAAGCUCCUAUGCACCAGCCCGAUCUUCAACCCAGCUUCACCGACAAUUUCGGUCCGGACCAAAACUUCAAUCUCGACUUCAGUACAUUGGAAAAUACCGAUGUUCUUGAGAACUUCGAUUUUGACAGUUUCCUGAACACGACAAACGAUGACACAUUCAAUUUUGAUGGUGCUAUCGGAGUGGGUGGAGAUUUUGGACUAGAGCCUGGAGAAUAG